GAAAGGAGAGAUCAAAGCCGGAGAUUAAGAGGGGCAGCGGCAGAAACGGGGUGAGGCUGCUUUGUAGCAUCUUGGAAAGCACAAUGGCCCGUCAGGCCGUGCCAGCACCCCGGCAGCUAUUCAUUCCUCUCCGAUGCAGGCAUUAGUCAACAAGAACUUCCUUUCAGAAGAGCCAUUAAAGGUAAUAAGGGGCGGAAAAAACCCUUUCCCAUCUUGAGAGAAGAAGAGAAACAAUGAAUUCAUAACUGAAAAAGAAGAACGCUGUGGUUGAAACCAUCAUUCAAACGAACGAACAAACAAACGAAGAAGAAAUAAAGCACUCUGAUUCAAGAUGAAUUACAGAACACCCACUGUGAGCAAUCUAUACCUCAGUGGCACCACCAGGCCUGAGACAGACCAUGGGACAAUUGUUGAUGAGACUGGAUCAGAAACUGUUGCAAUGACACCUGAACCCAGCAGCUUUAUCAGCACCAAAAUUCCAGAUGUGGUCAGCAAUGGCCCAGUUAUGGAGACCAUGCUGUUGUCCUUUGGCAUCAUUACUGUUAUCGGGUUGGCGGUAGCAGUGGUUUUGUAUAUUCGGAAGAGGAAACGACUGGAAAAGUUACGACACCAGCUCAUGCCCAUGUACAAUUUUGAUCCUGCAGAAGAACAAGAUGAGCUAGAGCAAGAACUGCUGGAGCAUGGCAGAGAUGCUGCUUCUGUUCAGGCUGCCCAAAGCAAGGCAAAUCAAGGCGUUCUCCAGAGACCCAGUCGUCUUGUGUUCACAGAUGUUGCGAAUGCCAUCAGUGCAUGAAGAAUUCUUCCUCUACACGAGAUACAGGAAGACGACACCAGCCAGUUAGCAAGCUACUCUGGGUAGUGACUAUCAGUUUUCGCUGGGGGAAAGAGGCCAAGAACCAAGAUUGCCUGUGCUCCUGUUGCCAAGAAACUGCCCCUUGCUGCAGAGUUUGAUUGGCAAUGUUGCAGGUAUCAAGUAAUGUAUGAUAGAAGACGAGAGGUUAUUUAUAGCUACAAUGAUUGGAAUGAAUAUAGUAACAGGCUUUGGAAAUAAUAGCAUCAAUUCCUAAGGCCUUCCUUCCCUGGGAUAUUGACAAAGAUAUCUAGAGUUUGAGACUGCAGAUUCAGCUAGGCCAUACUAUGCAGUAGACCCAAAAUAUGAUCCUGUUGGUUUAACUCCUAGGAACCUGGAAUAUAUGAAGUUGUCAACAUAUAUCAGUGUCAUCUCAUCUCAUGUUCUCUGGUGCAGUAAAAGCUGCCCUUCAGUAUAAUCAUAAGAGUUAGCUGCUGUCUUUCCAUUAGAUUUCUACAAUGUAAGGUGUUCUACUAGCUGGUUUUUUGAGGAGGGAUAACUUGGAAUAAAGGCACUGCUAAAUAGUAACCUCUGUGUCUUAUAGAGGCUGGUAAACCUCACAGGGCAUAAGGAUCUCCUCUUCUAAUACUAAUUCUUGCUAUAGGGGAAGAAUCUUAGAAAUAAGAACAGUGAAACUAACUUGUAAAUCCCGAGAUGAUUCACUCCAGUCAGCAUUGGCUGAAAUGAAUUUUUUUUAAAAAAAAAAAUGAAAGGAAAUCUUAUUUGGAAAAAUAGUGUUACAUAUGCAUGUUCUUGCAUAUAUUAAAUAAUCCGAAAUCCCCACAUCUCCAUAUUGAAUGGGCUAAUAACUCAUUUGAAGUCCAUUGGAAAGUCUCAACACUUUUUAACCUUGGCAAGAAGAGCAGUUCUAAAUGGAGGAAAUAACACACUUAUUUUACAAUUUAAGGGAAAAAUGCAUCUGCCUACCUAGCUUAUUUGUUUAUUAGAUAAACUGGGAUACCAUCCCUAUGGUUAAGAUCAUUUAUUUUGCUUAUCCGAUUUGCAGCUGGGUAGAAUGUUGAGUUACUUUAUUUAUUAAGCUAAUUUAUUUUCUUCUCGUCACUAAAACUGAUUAUUUAUUUAUUUAUUUUAUUUAUUUGAGUUCAGUAGCUGUCCAGCUCAACAGGUGAUUCUGGGCAGCAUACCAUUUAUUCACAAGAGAUUUGAGCACAGAAUUUGGAUUUUGUUUUGUUCCAGUUUGGAAAUGGAAGAAGGGGGAGUUGGAAAUUGGAGGCAAGGAAGAAAGGCCAGCAAACGAUAAUUGAACAGAUGCCAAGAAGUCUGUGCUAAGCAAAGGCCUUUGUUAAAAAAAAGCUUUGCAUUUUUUAUGGAUUAGCGAAAACAAUUGGGAACAAGUUUCAUUUACAUUCAUCUAAACCCUAGUGAUGGCAUAGAUCCUCAGGAAUCUGCAAGAGCAGCCAGUCUCUGUGUUAUAUUUUGCUUUGUGGCAUGAUGGUGACUCUGCCUGCUUCUGAACCUGCCUCUAAUAUUUAUGUUUACAUUGGAUUUCUAUCCUGUCUUUCUAUUGCUUUGUCCAGGAAGGCAAACAAAAGAGCCACUACAAUAAAGGGCUACAACAAAUCAAUAAAAGGGGGGGGG